UGACGUGAUGUUCAGAAUUUCGUUCACCACGCCGUCAUGGAGAAAUGAAUAUGGCGCCGUCAAGAAUACUGAAUUGUGUUUAGUGAUCGGAUCUCCGGAAUUUGUGUAAAGUGACGUUUUUUAAUUGCCAACAUAUUUUGUCAUCGUGUUAAUAUAUUCGUGAAAAUGUUAUCCAAGUAGAAUUGAAGUUUCAUUGAGGGCUCGACCUAAAAGAUGUAGAUUCUCAAGGCCGUCGUUAUCAACAACAUUGUAGACGCUAAAACUGCCGGUCAAGCGACGAUGGCCAACAUCUGAAAUUCAGUGAUUGCGGACACGAUUUUCAGGAGAAAAAUAUACUUAUGAAGUAAAAUGUCGAAGAACAGGAAGAGGAAGCGAGAGGGCGAGAACCAAUUCACAGUCGACUGGGAGAAAGAACAUAUUUUUCCAGAUGAAAUAAUAAACGAAAUGGAAAGCAUGUGGGAGAUCCCACAGAUACUCCAUUUCCUUCAUUUGGCAAGAGAAUCUCUAAACAUUCCUCAUUUAUCUAUGUACGAAAUGGAACGAAUGCUCUUAAUACCGAGAGCUUCCAAACAAUUGGCAAACAUUAUGACAUCCUUGUUGAGUUCUCCUAUGACCAAAGCUAAGUUGAGGAAAGUGCCACCUAUGCCGUAUGAAUUCUGGACGAACAUUCUUGCUUAUAAAAUGAAGAGUUGGUUCAAAAUUUACGAGGCUAAACACCAAGAUCCAGUAAAAGUUCUAGAAGCAAUCGGCGUGGAACCGGAAUUCUGGAGUAUUUUCCCCGAUGCACCUCUGUUGAACGGCAAAGAUUUUGAAGACUUGUCCUUCAGGCGGAGAGCCUGGCUUCUGAAAACAGUCUGUGACACAGUCAUGCACACUAGGAAAACCGUGCAAGAAGAAGUAAUGAACCAGCCGUGGGAGGAUCAAUUCGAGACGGUCCUAGGAACUGACCGUUACGGGGCAAGGUACAUUUAUUUUCCACAGUUCCUUAAGAGUGAUCUGAGAAUUUAUAAACACUCUUUCGACAACAACGUACUGUUAACCGUAAAGCCGAUUAAGCAAAAAUUAAAAACCGAAUCGGAAGACAAAUCGUUAGAUCAAACCGAUUUAUUAAGGAAGAAAGGCAAAUGUAGAAAAAGGAAAUGGUGUAACGGGAAAACUCCAAAAUCAAAAAAGAGGACCAGUAAAUGCAACAGUGAUAGUGCAACAGGCUCUUUGAUAAAUGAAGACACGAAUCUUAGUAAUACAAGCGUCUGCAGUAGCAGUAAUAGUAAUAAUCUUACCUUAAACACUGUAAUAGAUGAACGAUCGAGAAGUUUGUCAAAAUCUUCGGCAAGGAGUACCGAAUCCGAAAAAAGGCAUUAUAAAUGUACAAGUGGUUACGAGUCGAGCAGUUCUGUCUGCAUAAUUUCUGGUAAGAGAACGUCUCAAAAAAUGUUCAAAGGAUUUUCUGAUAGCUGCGACAGCAAGUGUAAAAUAAAGAUAAUCCAUGGUCUUUUAGACGACAUAAAGAGGGAUACUAGCGAAGAGAAAGAUUUAAGGGACAUAGAUGUAACUUCAAGCCACACUUCCAAAAUUGCAUUAGAAUUAACUGAUACGAAAUCUCAAUAUUUAGAUGAAACAAGUUUAUGUACGAAAAAGAAUGAUACUACCGUUAGUAAUUUGUCUAGCAGCUCGUCGAAGACGGACGACGAGAAACUGAACGAAAUAUUCAGUGCAGAAAAUUUUAAGUCGAACGAUAAAAAUUCGAGUAACGUACAAGAUGUUAAGGAUACACUGCAAAUAUCGACCAGAUUAAAAUCUGAUGACGAGAGAUUAAAUGAACCGAGAACGGUUCAUAGAGAAGAAGAAGGCAGACUUGUUCCUAAACAAGAAUUAGAUAAAUUGAGUGAGAGAAGUAACACGGAUUCUUUUGAUGAAGUUUCGUUAAAUGAAUUGAGGAGCAUACUACAGAAGGAAGCAAUGGACGACGAAAGUUCCUUCGACGAAGACGACGAGCUUAAAUAUAAUUGUAGGAAUAUAAAAGAUCAGAAGAGAAGAAAAGCGAAAGAUUUUAAUAAUAUGCUUAUGGAACUUAGUAGUUCGAAAUUUCAACUCGUAGCUGAUAGUGUUAAUUCCUUAAGAGACCUAAUCGCCAGUUUUGAACAAAGAAAUAUUAAUUUAGUUAGUGACACUAACGGUGAGUCUGAACUUCCUCAGUCAAAUGAAACAAAAUUAGUGGAGAAAUUAAAGGAACUGCUGUCUUCCCUUGAAGAAAUUGAACCGGUUCUGCGGGAAUCAGCAAAGAAAGCUAGAGCGAAAUUGCACAAGGAAUGGAUCAAUUAUAACGAAGGCAGUGCGGAGGAUCAGGACUCAUCUGGGGAGGGUCUCGGAUCUAAUUGGUGGGUUCUUGGAUCACAGGGCUGCCUUCUGUCAGCUUCCGGAGACGCGUUACAAACGUUAUCGCAGCCUACUCUAUCCGCAACUAGUUCCCAAAAAGACUACAUUAAAACUGAAAAGGAAUCAUUUAACGAAACAGCGAAUGACAGUAAAAUCGUCAACGGAGAAUGUAAAAAAUCUCAGGACGAUAGCUUGGAGAACGGUUCGCAAAAAGAACAGUGCAAGAGAAGCGAAGGAAACGAUGAGAAAAAUGCAAGGACGAAAGAAGAAACGAAAGAAGAAACAAGCGACAAUGAACAACAAACGCGAAGAGUGUUGCGAACCAGAGGCAUCUCUUCGUACACGGAACAGUUGUUCUAUUCAGACGAGGAAACUGAGGAGAACGAGCUGGAGGGAUGGACCGACGUUGAGGCCGUAUACGCGGCUUCCGACCCAUAUGCCAAUACAUCCUCUUCUCACCCUGCGGCGAAGGACCGACUCUCUGACGAUGGGUCAAACGAAGAGGACUCAGACAAAGAUUGGAUACUACCGGGCUCUCGCAAAAGGAAAAAUAAACGUCCGUCUACCGCUCGCAGAUUAAAAGCAUUCAAGCAAAAGUUGCAAAACAUCACGACCAAUGUCAGUCAGAACACAGCAGAAUCGGAAGUAAAACGCACGAGUAAUGAAAGAGAAAAACCUAAAGUUACAGAAAUCCGAAUAUGCAGACCAAAGAACCCUAACGACCCGAAAGUGGCUUCCAGUAGCAGCAACAGCGGCAACAGCGUACAAGAGAUCGUACAGAACAUUGUAGAGAAUACCGUACAAACUGUACAAACUACUGUACAAGACACCGUACAGAACACUGUACAAUAUACCGUGCAAAAUGAAGAGAUGACGCAGAGUGAUCAAGAAACAGUGCCUUCGGUAGAGACGAUAACGAGCGUGCAUUCGGAACUGGAUAUCAAGGACGAAGGUCCAAUCUACGAUUCUAUGACGUGUCACUUCGAUCAGAAUUACACUGCGUUUAAUCCAAAUUAUGUUAAUUACUACGUAAUUGAACCGACUGUUCCGGCUGUUAUGCCACAAACGGCGAUCGUUCAAGCUAGUCCGGUAGUCUCAAAUAUUGUACAACCAAUCCAGCAAGGCUAUUACGUGCAGGGAGAUCAGAACUAUAUUAUCCAGAGUCCACAGCCCGGUUUCGUGGGUCCCCAAUCGUUCGAACCUCAAUCACCGCAAAUGAUACAGCCGCCGCAGUUUGUAAAUCCUACCGGUUUCAUUCCCUACAUGAUAGCGCAGCCGCAACCGGAAUAUGUAACCACGAAUCAACAAACCGUUCCUCCGAGUUUGCCUCAAAAUUACAAUCUUCAAAUUCGAGCUAAUUCUACUCCGAUAGCUAAGCCUCAGAAAUUAAAGAAAUUUGUUUUUGUCAAAGAAAAUCAACCUAACUCUGUUAUAAGAUAUACCUCAGCUGCGAAAGUAAGUGGUCCGCGAACGAAUAACACCGUCAACACGAGAAACGUGAUGCAACAAACUAAUAUUUCUGUAAAGGCGCAAAAAGCGAAGGAACCGAAUACAUCUGCGGGUAAUACCGAUCAAAAGACCACGUCUUUGAUUGUUCUCAGUGAUAGCGAUGAUGAAAUUGAGAUGAUCAGUACGGAGAAGAUCAGUCCGCCUAGUAAACCUGCAACUUCGCCUUUAAAAUACAUCGUGCCCGCUCCGCGGAAGAACGUCAUCCCUCAGCAGAUUAUUCAACGUAUGAAUCAAGGAGGGAUCUCUAUAACACCGAUUAAACCACCAACGCCGGUUCAAAACGCCACUACGCAACUGGUGGUAGUCCUAAACGAAUCCGGAAGUCAUUACGCACUAGCACUUCCAAACGGAAGCAAGUUGAUUCUUACCCCUGAGCAGGUAGCACAGAUUCGAGCCUCGAACGGUGGUAAGCUUAUCUUAUGAAAUAUUAUUUAUAAACCGUUCCAAUAAUGAAUUAACAAGAAUGACAUUGUUAAUCCUUUAUUGUUCAUUUAAAAAGUUUUAUGGAUGUAAAAUAUUGGUAUGCUGAUCUUCUGAUUCAUGGAGACGUAUUUUCAAACAGAGGAUUCUUAAUUGUUAUCUGACCAAAUUUCAGGAACAUUUAAAUUGCUGCAGAGUUUAUUUCUAAGUUACUUUAACUUGACAUUUUUAUGGAAUUUUUUUUUUAUUAGAACUGAACUCGGGUUUGACAAUCAGACUCGGAAUUUACUACUGUAUUCUAUAAUAAAGUACGGGAAUCUUUUCUUCUAUGUUGUAAUAUACAUGUACGUACUAUUAGAGUGAUAUGUAAACCUGUG